UAAACAGCAAUAAUCACCAUCUUCAACCUUUGUUGGCCAUUAAAUGACUUGCUCUGUUUUCAAACCCCAGAAUUAAAUGCAGCAGCUAAGCACCCCAACUCCACCCACGCAAUAAUCAAAUGGACCUUCUCGCUGCCAGAAUCUCCUUUCCCAAUGUCCACAACGACAUCCUCCUCCCUGUCCGCCGCCGACCCACCACUAUUGACCACCGACGCCACCUCUAAAAGCCCACCAUACCAGAACUUCGGUUCCAUCGGCCUCGGAUACGCCAUCGCCAUUGCUUUCGGCUUUCUCGUCCUUCUCUCGAGCAUCCUACUCAUCUCCUACAUGUGCCUCCGCUCCGCCGCCUUUCGCCGCCGUCGGGCCAUCAAUCACAACCAACCUUCCUCCCCUGACAACGGCAUCUACGUCCCUCGCAUAGUCUUCGUGGCAGAAGACGACAACUCCGAAAACGACGUAAUUGUCGGCCUGGAUCAAGCCGCCAUUAAUUCGUAUCCAAAAGUCGUAUUCUCGAAGAAAAAUUGCGGAAAUGACAUAGUAUGUGCGAUAUGUUUGUGUGAAUACAAGGAUUCGGAGAUGUUAAGGAUGUUGCCUGACUGUAAGCACUAUUUUCACGUGAUGUGCGUGGACGCGUGGCUCAAGCUUAACGCUUCCUGUCCUGUUUGCCGGAACUCGCCACUUCCGACGCCUAUGUCGACGCCUCUGUCGGAGGUGGUGCCGCUUUCGCAGUACUCCGAUGGGCGGCGGCGGUCGUAAAGGGUGGGUGAAUUUGGAAAUUGGGAAAUCUUUAGGGGGUUAAGGGUCUGAUUUUUCAUUUUGGGUGGGCUGGAAAUGUAAAAAACAAAUGGAUUUUCUUUUUGUGAUUUGGUUUAUUAUUAUUAAAAUGGAGAUUUUGGAGAUAACAAUGGAAUUCCCACAGUUUCAGGAUCUGCUCGGCAUCUUCUUUGUUAACGCUUCCGCUUGUUUAAUAAAUUGAUUUUCACUAAUAAGUGCUAA